AUGAACAGGGUAAAAUCCUUCAUGGGUUGUUUGGUGGCAUCCACAAACAACGAAGCCGAGAUACGUGCAUUAGAGGUAGGUUUACGUCUCUAUGUUAGGCAGGGAAUUUCUAGAAUCAUGAUUGAGGGCGACUCACAAAUUAUUAUAAAAGGGAUUAGUCGACCAAGUUUUCAUAAUUGGAAGCUGAAUACAUGGGUCCCUAUGAUAAAAGAACACCUGAGGAGAAUUUGGAGCUAUGAGAUUGGGCAUGUCUACAGAGAAGGGAAUCAGGUGGCUGAUUACCUUGCAAACCUUGGGGUGGGAGAAUAUGAUGUUCCUGUUUACUUUUUCCAGACUUCUGCAAUAGAGGAUAUCAAAGGACAAUGCUUGAAGGACUGUAGAAGAUAUCCUCGAUAG